UAUGGCAGCAUACAGUAUAGACAUAUUGUUCUAUCAGACACAAGUCACACAACAGUUCUUUUGGCUUAAAAUACAGCAGUUUAUUUUAUAGAGGGGUGCGAGAGCAGAAACUGCUUUUUCAGCCUUGUCUGUGUUUUCCGCCUUAAGUAAAUGUAACAGAGUAAAUGUAACUCGUUACUAACCACCUGUGGUAAUUUAUACAAGGGACACAAAUGACACCCUAUUAAAAAAAUGACCCUACUACAUUUUAAACAAUGUAUAACUCUACUAUUCUGAUGAGGUAAACCGAGGUGAUGGACACUGGAUAAAAACUAGGCCACUCGGUUCACAUAGUUAAUUUUAACACACCGCGACACGUCCCUGUACGUCAUUCAAGUGAUUCGCAGCUAACACUAUUUCAUGGUGCUUUCCUGUCUCCUUAGCAGCUUAUUGGGGACGGGCCCUCCGAUUACAUAAACCCCGCUAUAUACAGCAGGAGGCUAAUCCAGCGGCGUGACCUUAAUGCCAAUUAGCAGAUCAUGGUGACGUUAUCGAGGCACGGCCAGGACGAAUGUUUAAGAAGUGUUGAUUUCAUCUAGUUGAAUUCAACAGGUAUGAUAGCACGAGACUAGCAUGUUAGCAUUAUGAUUGCGAGCGGCUUUUUAUGCUGCCAGAUGUACUCUCCUUGUGAUUGCUUAGCCGUCUUACCCGUGUUCAGAGAUGAAAAGGGUCACGCCGAGUACUCGCAAUGCUAAGAGCUAGCCGCUGCUCAGUUAUGCAAUCACUUACGCCGCAUGUGCCAGCUGGUAGAGGUAGACAGAAAUGGAGAGGAUUGUAUUUAUUUUCAUGUCUAAUCCAUAGUGGAAACUCCCCCAAGAGGAAAAUGCAGUCGAUGAAUUCUUUAGUUAAUCUGCUUUGUUUAUCUGAGAUGAUGACACUCUGCCCCUGCAGACCUGAGGUGGAUAGAGUCGCUAAAAACAUUUAUGCAAGUUAGAGUAGCAAUACUUCAAAGUAAUAUUACUACUUAGGAUAAUGACAGCAAUUGUCAAGACCAUAAUAAUAAUAAUGAUAAGAGAAUUUACUCCAAAAAAAAGAGUAGGAUGAAGCAUUAGCUUAUUUAAACCUACCCCUUCUACACUUCUCAAUUAAUAAUCAGCCUGUCAUAUUGAUAAUUUACGUCAUUCUGAUGUAAUAAUGGUCUUUUCUGUCGUAAUUUCCAUAACAAACACUUAUCUGUCAAUGUCUGUUGAUGUUUUCUGUCCCUCCAGCACUCCAGUGUGUGGUGCCGCGAUGACGAACGCCCUGGAGUUGACCUGGUUGCUGUUUUUAGUCAUCACACCACAUGCUAAAGGUCACAGUCUGCCAGGGAAGCCCACACUGACCAGCUGUCGCUCUCCUGAAAAAGAGACUUUCACCUGCUGGUGGCAACCUGGCUCCGACGGAGGACUACCCACCACAUAUGCACUGUACUACAGCAAAGAAAGCUCUGAUAUCGUGCACGAGUGCGCCGACUACUACACGGCAGGGGAGAACUCGUGCUUCUUUAACAAGAAUGACACAUCCAUCUGGGUCAACUACAACAUCACCGUGGUGGCGACCAACCGACUGGGCAGCACCUUCUCAGACCCAGUGGAUGUAGAUGUGGCCUACAUCGUCCAACCCAACCCUCCCGAGAACCUGUCGCUAAGCAUCAUGGACGACAAAGGCUGGCCUUUCCUACGCGUGGCGUGGGCGCCGCCACGCAAGGCCGACACUCGCUCCGGCUGGAUCACGCUCAUCUACGAGCUUCGCAUCCAAGUUGAUGGCCAAAACGAAUGGGAGACUCACCUGGCUGGCCAACAGAAGCUCUUCAACAUUUUCAGCCUGCGUUCUGGUGGCCUGUACCUGGUUCAGGUGCGCUGUAAGCCAGACCAUGGCUUUUGGAGUGAAUGGAGUACUGCCUCUUACAUCCGUUUUCCUGACUAUUUCCAUCGAGAAAAGUCUGCAUGGAUCAUCAUCGCGGUCGUUUGUGCCUUUCUCUUCCUCAGCAUCACGUUGUUGCUGCACAUGACUUGUCACAGAAGCUUGAAACACUGCCUACUACCACCCAUCCCUGGUCCUAAGAUAAAAGGAUUUGAUCAGCAUCUUCUCAAGAAAGGCAAAUCCGAGGACAUCUUCAGCGCUCUGGUGGUGUCCGACUUUUCCCGGAUGUCGUCAUCGUCCAACAGCGAAGACCCUCUGGUGGAGGAAUACCUGGAGGUGUACGUCACGGAGGAGCGAGAGGCCAUGUUGGAAGAGAGCAAAAGCCACUCCGGCGACGACAGCUUCAAGUUAGAGAGCUCGGCGUCUGACAACGACUCUGGUCGCGGAAGCUGCGACAGUCGCACCCUACUGAUGGAGAAGUGCGGCCGGCCUAAACAGCACGACGGGGACCGAGGUGAAGACUGGGGUGAAGCUCAAGUAGACGCGGUAGGCGGGACGUGGCCUCCUGUAUUUACCAGCCAGUCGGAACAACCUCGUCGCUGCCUCUCCGGAUGUCUGCCGCCCUCUGAGGCGUCUAAAUAUAUCAAAUCCCGCAGCGACGUCAAUAUCGCCGCAUCUGGUCACAAACAGUCUCCGGCUCGCUGGUCCGUCGAAUACGUGGGCACGCGGAUGGUGGCGGAAGAUGACGUGGCGGUAUCACGGGGCUGCUCCCAGCCGGCUCCCUUUCAGGAGCGGGACUACAGCCGGGUGAAACGGGUGGGCAGCGACGACACUCUGCUGCUGCUCCAGAGAGUUUCGGAGGUCGCGACAAAUGAAUGCGAAACCAGGACAAGCCAAAAAAGCACUAUCUGCACGCAAGACGCUACGCUGACAAGCGGCUAUGUGGACACGGCCGCCAUUUUGCCAAUGGCAACCAACUGAGUGCCCUAUUAGGGAGAUUCUUUCAAGUCAAAUGGUGUUUUGUCAUCUCCAAAAAGACGGAAGAAUCUCCUUGAAUGUUCUGAACUCACUUUUUCAUGAGCUUGAAAACUUGACUAAAUUGUGUAGCAUUGUCAUUUCUUUACAAAACUUUAUUCAUGUAAAAUCACACACACACAAAAAAGACAUUCAAGCAUUACAAUUUUGACUUUUUCAUGUAUAUGUCGCGCCUCUAGUUCGAGGAUAAAAAAAGUAGGCAUUUAAGGUUGACCAUCGUAUAGGUCACACUACAAUAUGGGAGAUUUUUGGGCAAAGUUGUGGCCCAAUUUUUUUCAGUGGUUAAGUAAUAUGCCAUUAUUUUUCAAGAAUACAAUAUGAAUGUCAAAGAACAUGAUUUGACACAAAAAAAUGUGGACCUCUUUGUGAAUCUAAUGUGACUAAUUAGGUCAAAGGUGAACUUGUCAGGUCAAAUGUCAAGUACAUGUCAUGAACAUUAUGUAAGAUUUGAUGAAAUAAAAAUAAAAAUGUAUUGAGGGCACUUUCAUACUAGCACUGUUUGGCAGUGGCUCGGGAAGUGGGGUGCUAAGGAAGCUUCAGCACCCCCUGGUGUUGAGGAGAAAAAGUUAUGCUAUAUGUUACGUAAUAAAUACAACAUAUUAAAACAAUUGUGUAUUUACCUUAGGAGAUUGAAUAUAUUUGUUGAAAAAGUUUUUUUCUUUUUUUUUCUUUUUAAAUAACACUGUCACCACCUGACACCUUGCUUGCUACCAGGUCACGUUAAAUAACGCGCUAUUUGUGAAAAAAAAUAGGCUUAAUGGACCUCUUAGCUUUCAAAUGUGUGUGUCAUUGCGACAUUUAGCUGCGGGGAAUUGCAUUAUCAUUUUUUUCCACUACAAAAACUCCAACACACACUGUAGGUGAAAUAGAACGCCGUCUUUGUGGUACCCCAGUAGUAGUACAUCAACUAUCCAGCAUUUGUGUGUACUGCCACUAUGGGGCGCCGUUUGUAAAGCAGCUCAUGCUGAAAAUUACAACAACAUUUUCUCACAUUUAGCGCCACACAGUGUUUAAAAUGUGGUGUGAAAGUUUUAGAGACACUUUUUUUGCACAUUUACAACAUUAUUUAGCAACUUCAAUAUUUAUUUUUAAAUAAUAAGUAUUGGACCUGAAUGAUUAAAUCCAGAACUAAAUAUUUAAUUUAAAUCUUAAAUGUAAAUCUUAAAUCUAUAUCCUAAAUAUAUAUCUUAAAUCCAAAUGUUAAAUAUAUAUCUUAAAUCUAAUUGUUAAAUAUAUAUCUUAAAAGUCUUACAUUUUUAUCCUAAAUGUAAAUACAAUAAAUAUAAAUACUAAAUUUAAAUGUUACAUCUGGAAAUGGUUGAAACUAAAUAUUUAGCUUAAUAUGCAAAUUCACAUGACUGGAAACCGGAAGUAACAAAAUAAAAGCUGGAGAAGAUCAGACUGUUUGCUUAUGUUGCUUGAAAAUGAAUAAAACCUACUUUACAGUCGGCUCUUGGACAUGAAUCAGUGUGAUAAUAACAAUAUCUGGGUAAAAUACACAUUUAAGAGAAACUAUUUAAAGAGUAUUUUGUGUUUUUCAUGUCACUUUUGCUUGCAUGAGCCUAGAAAAGUUACUAUGAAUAGCCAGAAGGGGUCUCAGUUGGACUGGACUAAGCAAACAGCUGAACUCUUGGCGUCAUCUUUGGUGGACAGUCACUCAUCAAGACAAUUCUUACCAGGUGUGUGUUUUAUAGUGGGCAGGACAGCUUUAAACCACUCAUCUGUGAUUGGGCACA